AUGGGAAAUAUUACUGAAAACGGUCAGAGGCGUCUUCGUGACAAUCCCAAUCUGGUCGUAGAGUCUGUCCAGGAUUGUGAUUGCGAAGGCGCCGAGAUAUUGACCCAAUACGCGGUCCUGGGCCGCUACGACUUCGUCAUGCUUGCUGACGCCAGGGAUAACGAUGCCGUGGCGAGGCUUUCACUUGAGAUGAGCCACCGCAUAGGGAUGCAUGUUGAGACCCUGCCAGCCAUCGCGUUAAACACGCUUUCCGAUCUGGAUGGCGAUAGUACCGACACUGACCUGGUAACUGCCGAAGCUCCGGAGGGGGAAUGGAGGCUGCCAGAAUCAGAUCCGGAAUAG